AUGCGUGAUCGUAAGUUACAAAGCGGUUUCGAUACCAAAGGAUUGAGCCUCAUCGACGUUUCGUCAGAAGACGAUUGCCUCAUUGAUUCGCCUCUCAUUGAUCAGUUCUCAGGCUGUUUUGAUGAAUAUGGAAAGUUAGAUGGAAAGUUAGAGGUAGACGAGACAAGAGGAAAUGAAAGACUUAAACUACACAAAAGUGUGACAUGGGAUAGCUCUUUCUUUUGUAGUGCAGGUUUUCUUGAGUCAGAGAAGUUGUCCAGUCGAGAGGAUGUGAACCGAUCUUGUGACUCAUCGACAGUGUCCUUCGGUGAAAUUUCGAGGCGGGAAGGUCUCAAGGCCGAUUUCAAUGAGGAUAGAAGAGCUUCAAUCCACAAAUCUAAAAGAGUGCCUGGCAAUGCAGGUUCUAGUGUUAAAAAGGAAUUGGAAACAAGAGAUUCAAGGAUUGUGUCAUCUUCGAAGUUAGAGUACUCUAAUCAAGACAAGGUGAAGCAGAAAGCUGCUCCUAAGAAGCCAAACAUGGUGAAAGAUCCUGGGAAGACAAUGAAGAAGGUUCCUGCCCGACCCCAAACUUCACAGUCUGUUGGUAGAAGUGGAGUAUCAACUUCAUCUCUUCAUAAGACACCAAAGAUACUGGGCAAGGGGGCUUCCUUGGGUGCUAAGUAUAUCAAAAUAGAAAAGGAUGCAAAAAGUGUGACUGGCAGAGGGACCACAAUAUCAAAAACUCCUGCUUUGGAUGGUUCAAGAAAUACUGUGCCUAGGACUACACUGUCUUCCAGAUCUUCUUCCAUGGAUAUGAUUAAACAAAAUAAUGACUCCAGCUUAGUUAACUUAUCUUCCUCUGGUUACACUACCACCAAUGCAUCCAACAGUGCAGCCGCAGGUAAAAGUCGAGCAGGACCUUCAGCGCUCUCAACUUUAUUGAAGUCUCCUAUCAAGUUCCAUUCCAGUAUGUCUGUUGCUAGCUCAUACGGUAAAUGGUCCUCGGAGUCAUCAUUUUCAUCAUCAACGUCUAUUGCUAAUAAAAGGUCUAAGGUUGAAAGAGCUACCCUUGGUUCUGACUCUCACAAAGGACUCGUUGCAGAUAGUGAUGCGCAACAAGGUUCAGAUUCUUGGAGUCAUCAAACCUGCCGGCCGUCAUUGGGAAAUGGUGCUGAGGUUACUGGUUCGCUUGAUGAAAGUAAAAGAACAGUUUCGGAUGGAAGUACCGGAUUUCAUCCAGCUGCGACAAAAACAUCAUCAGGCCUUCGACCGCCAUCAACAAAACUUGCCUUUUCCAAUGGGGUACAAUCCAGACACAGUCGAACUCGAAGUGUACCUUCCCACCCACGAGCACCUAUUAAAACUGGAGCAAAAAUCACUAAUCCAAGUGGUGGCUCAAACAAGGCACCUCCUAGAACUCUUCAACAAUCAACAUCUGCUGCAACAAAGGUACGAAGUGCUUCAAGAAACUCCAAAAUAAGCCAUGGCAUAUCCCCUAAACUUCAGAAUAAACCCUCUCGAAAAACUGGCAGAGAAAGUUACUCAAAGGCUCAGGGCAUUGGUUCUGCAGAAAAAAUCUGCGGAAGUGAUUUGCCUAGAUUGGUUGUGAAACUGGGAGGCAAGGAUGACUCUCGGAUUAAAGGUACCAAGGUCGUUUCACUUGCAGUACCGGAUUACUGA